UGGACUACUGAAGCUCAUCACCUCACAAAGAGGCCAUUCAUCUGUGACCCAGAUCUUCUCUUCUAGGAGUCAGACUGAACACAGAGAAAUCCAGUCAGGAGGUUAAAAGGGGACAUGGCCACAGGGGUCAUCAGGAACUUUCACAUCCAAGCAACGUCUCAGACCUACUUCUCUGCUUUCUUGGACUCUCCAUGCAAAAAAGACAAUGGGCAUCCCAUAAAGGAGACGCAACAGGAACGAGAAGAUGAAGAAGAUCAAGAGGAAGACGAGGAAGAUGAAGAAGAAGAAUGUCUUGAUCAGUUCAUUUUGAGUCCCGCUCAGAAUGCUCUGGAUGUGACCAAUCAGCUGCUGCGGUUUGCUGACCUCAUCAGCCGUGAUGUUCAGCGGUAUUUUGGCCGUUGCUCUGAAGAUCGAGAAGCUUGUGACAUAUACGAUGACUCUGUCUCCAUGGUGACCAGUGGCCGUCUGCGUUACUACGACGAUCUGCUGAGGAUUGCAGGUGCAGGAGCCCCAGAGGAUCAGGUGAAGGCUCCAAACAGUAAUCAAGGACUCAACGUUUUAAAGGGCAGCAGCGGGUUGGGGCCCCUGGCUGAACUGUUCAACCUCAGGGGCCUGAGUCAGGUCAGGGGCCAGCCAAUGAUCAACAGACACCUCCCGCUCAGUUUCUGGACUGAGCCAGUCCCUCGCUGCCCUCUGGUUGGCCUCAGCAGCACACCUGACAUCCUGCAUACAAAUAGUAGUACACCUGGACAGGCAGAGAGCAGCAGACAAAUGCAUUACAACCCAGUAACCCACCACAGCAUCUCCGACACUGAGCCAGACUUUAGCGACCUGCUGGCUUACUGGGAUCCAAACCCAGAGUUUACCCACACACUGAUGGAGGACCCGCAUGCAGAAAUAAACACACAGCAGCUGCCUGAAGCUGACAUCUGAUUGGCUCGGGUCAUGACCUUUGCA